AGGUGUUCAGAUAGGAGUAAAAAUAGCAGAGGAGGACCUUGCGUGCUUUAGGUGUGCUUAUCUUUAGUUUACCUGCUGAAUUAACUGGGUUUCACAGAUAGGUUCAGUCAGAAUGUUGGGUGCAGUGCUGUGGGUGCUGUGUGUGCAGUUUGGAGGAAUUUUGAUGAACAUCACUCAUGCAGGAAAUGCUGAAGAUCAUCAUGUCUUUAAUUCUCUGGAGGAUGAGCAUGUGUCUGUGACAGAACACCUGAAGGCCCCUAAAAGUCCUGAACUUCCUCUCAGGACAGUUACUGUGACCUGCGGUCCCUCUGCCAUGGAAGUGCACAUUAAAGCUGAUCUGUUUGACCUUGGAGUCCCUGUUAAUCCUGAACAUGUGACACUGGGAGAGUGCUGUGGAGUGACCAAGUCCUCACCUGAAGAGUUAAUUAUCCACACUGCUCUCACUGACUGCGGCACACACUACUGGCUGACAGCCAACACCCUCAUUUACACCAACACCCUUGUGUACGUACCUGUUCCCUCCAUCCAUGGAGUGAUGAGACAGGAGAAGAUGUCUGUCCCUGUGGAGUGUGUUUACAGGAGGAGGUUUGGUGUUGACGGUGUCCCAGUCGUCCCCACAUGGCUCCCUCACCUGAGUGCGCACUCCGAUGAACAUACCCUGCACUUCACUCUGUAUCUGAUGACCACUGAUUGGCAGGCAGUGCGAGGGGGUGUGUACUUCCUGGGGGAUGUAAUAAACAUGGAGGUGUCUGUGUUUUCACUCUUGCUGGAGCUGCGAGUGUUUGUUCAAGAUUGUGUUGCUAUGACGACCCGUGAUGCAAAUUCAGUCCCCAGAUACAAGUUUAUACAAAACGGGUGUUUUAUAGAUGGACAGCAGACAAGCUCCACGUCUCGCUUCCUUCCCAGAACUCAGUCUGAUAAACUCCAUCUUCAGCUCCACACCUUCAUCUUCAGGCAGGUGCACAGUGCACAGGUCUUUAUUAGCUGCAAUCUGAAGGCCAAUCUCCAGAGUUCCUCCUCUAGUAGAGCGUGUUCCUACAUCCAGGGAAGUUGGAGAUCAGCAGAUGGAGAUCACUCUGUGUGUGAAAGUUGUCAGACGUCUGAUCAGUUCAGAUGGAAGCAGAAUGUUGUUGACAGACAAAACAAUACUCAGGUUGGUUCUGUCCAGAUGGAACCUAGAGAACCAGAGCUCAGAACCUCUGGAUCCAUGUGGAAGAACCAAGAACAUGCAGAUGCACACAGCAUGCAGGCAUUGCAGCAGGAAGUGCAAGUCGGCCCACUGUCCCUCUCUUCAAGGAGGGAUGACGUGUCGCCCCCUGCAGUGCUGGAGGGAGUUCACAUCUCUCACAUUCCUUCAGUUAAAACCAAGCGGCUGAUAGCACACACGCUGCAGGGAAAUGUCUCAACACACGGUUCAGAGUAUGAACUUGCAAUCACCAAGGAAGAGGUUGUGUGGGAGAGCAGUGCAACUGUAGAGCGAGAGAUGGGCAUGCCCUUGCUCACUCCCACUUCUGAGCUUCACCUCACCACGAUUCCUCCUCCGAUUUUCACUACAGCAGAAAUAAUCAGCACUGUCUUUGAGACAAAAUCAACAGCACCAGCAGAAACUCCUGGUGGUGGUGUUUCUCACUCUGAACCUGGCAUUGACGAGAUUCCUGAUGACACCGAGUCACGGCGCACUGAGCUAAGCUCUACACAGUGGGGUGGGACUAGAGGCCGGAUCUGGGACACACCCUCUCCAGACAAUGCAAGUUUAGAUGAGACACCACUGUGAUGCAGCGGACUGACAGUUUGAGAAAUAAAUUUUCCAAACUGAA